UUUCACGGAAACUUUCCUCUAAACUUUCGAAACUCGACGAAGUAAAUUAACGACGAAAGCUGGGAAUUCUAUUGUAUUAAUGCCUUUUACGUGGUAGCGAUUAUUAAUCGAUUAUAAGAAACGUUAAAUGGGCAAGGUGCGGUCGGGGUGUUUACCUUCUCGAUGGAUGGCGUAGAGCGUUAACUCGUCGUUCUGGAUAGUUACACUCCGAAGAUCCGAUCCGACGACAAGAUAUAAAGAGUCCACUAUGGGUAAAUGUAUGAAAUGUCUACUGAGGGUGCCGUACGCUACUCUGAUAGCCACCAUCCUGUGCUGCGCCAGUGCCGGCGUCUUUAUGGGAGCCCUUUACAAGAUCAUGUCUCUCUCGCUGCGGAUGUUAGAGAACCACUUCGCCUUUCACUUCAAUUGGUUGAAGGACCUGCACAUUGUCUUCAUCGCCGCCGGUGCCGUGAUGGGACUGAUAAGUCUGGUGAUGCUGAUCGUUGGGAUACUGGCUACGGGCUCCACCCGAUCCAAAGUGUACAGAGGAUGGAGGGCGAGGCUGGGAGGAAGAAUUUCCUGUGCCGUGUUCAUGGCCAUCACUUAUGUUCUGGAACUGGCGUGGAUCCUCAUUGUGGUCUGCAUGGCAGUCGUGUCGUUCGUGUUCUACAUACUGGCCCACCUGUGCAAUAAUUCGAAACCGGGCGAAGGCAACGACGGUGUCAUAGAUCUUUCCCAAUUUAAUUUUCUUUUUCCGAAAGAUACGAACGUUGACAAACUAAAAUUCACCGAAGAAAACGGAGAUCGGACCAAGCUCUGCAUACAGAUGGUGGAACCAUCAUUGAAACUCGUCAUUCUGUCUUUAAUAGCUUCCAUUUUAGUCGUUUUAAGUUUGGUCCAUUACUUAAUGUGUCUGUCGGCCAACUAUGCUCGCAUCAAGGACCACGAGAAGCUGAGAGACCUGCAAGAAUUACAAUAUCUUCAAGACACAGAUCCUGGAACCAUGCCUCGUGACAGGUUUUAGGACAUAAGCCAAGAAAUUUUUAAGAAGGGAAGGAGAGAACAGAUACCUGCCAAAUUGUAAAUUUGCAGAUACCAGGUCCGGUAUUUCAUACGGACCCAAACUAGGAUGUUUCUUCCCCGUCAAAGGGAUGCCUUCUUUUCUUAAAAAUUUCUUGGCGAUUCUCGAUUAAUCCACAAAAUAUGGCAGACAUUCCAAAGAUUGGAAUGUAAUUUGGUGCAUAAAGGGAAUGAUUGUGCCAAUCCGACGAAGUGCGUGCUUGGAAUUAUGCGUAUUCAAAUCAGUUACGUGCUUUGAAUACACACAAACUCCACCGCAACUGUACGGACUGGAUUGUUGUAUAAUGUAAGUGCACAAGUUUGUACAAAAUUAGUAAUUUUUCUUUAAUUAAAAUCAAAUAUUUUACUUUUCUAAUGAGCAAAACACUCGAUAAAGAAAUCUCACCGAUCUCCAAACAUUUUCCGGUUUUUUAAAGCAUACUGGCAUCAAGUAAUCCCUGUGGUUCUCUGUUUCUUUCGGUCUUUCUGUGACUCCGCGAUUACGGUCUGGGCCUGCGCCAAUUUUUCCAUCAAGUGAGAUGGUAGCUGACUGUUCUGGAAAUAUCUGGAUAAAAGAAAAAAAAUCAAUUAUUACUCUAGAACCCCAAUGUAAAUACGUAUAAAAUUACUACUUUUUAUAUUGUCGGAGGUGUUGUACUUACAAUUUUAAGUGCGUAACACAAUUUUAGCAAGUAUUUACAAAAUAACGCAUUGUAAUUGUUAAAUUUGAAAGCAUAAUUGUCUAUUUUUAACCGUUUGACUUUAAUCC